AAAUGCCAAGCCAAGAUGGCAGCCACCAUGAAGGGACCUGUGGCAGUUGAAGAUGUGAACGUCACCUUUGAGGAUCAACAAAAGAUCAAUAAGUUCGCCAGGAACACAAACCGGAUGACUGAGCUGAAAAAGGAAAUAGAGGCAAAGAGGAAAUCGCUGCAGAACCUUCAGGAUGCCAGCGAUGACCUGAUGAUGUUCGAUGACGACACUCUGUUGGUGCCUUAUCAAAUCGGGGACGUCUUUAUCAAUCACGCCCAGGAGGAAACGCAAGAAAUGCUGGAGGCGGCCAAGGAAGCUCUCGAGCUGGAGGUCAAAGGUCUCGAGGGGCGGGUGACAGCGAUACAGGAGUUGUUGGGGGAUCUGAAGAUCCAGCUGUAUGCCAAGUUCGGUAACAACAUUAACCUGGAGGCUGAUGAAAGCUGAGCGCUCACAUGGACUUUGACAGCUUGCACCAGUGUGGACUUUUUGUUCAGUUCUUGUCUCACAUCCUCCGAAUGCUCGCCGGUCGGGAAGGACUCGGCCUGAGCGGCAUCGAUU